AUGCCCAUAUUUAACCACGCUGGUCAGCUGUGGAAAUCUCUGCUAAACGUGUGCUACAGCUUGUGUGUGAUAUCGUUCAUCGUACUGCAGCAAUAUACUAUUUACAAGAAUCAGCUGGAACCAGAUUUCUCCAGUUGGUUCAUCAGCGCCACCGUACUGUCAGUUAGCUUCGUGAUCCUUGUGCAGGCACUAGCGACCGAAAACGGUAUUCAACGGCUAACGAUGGAGCUGAUGGAAAUAGACUCCUUGCUAGACGGCGCAAAACAUCCCAAGAGAUAUUUUAGUGCAACAUUCUACGGUCUGUACAGUGUCGGAUUGAGCAGAGCAAUCUUUCGUACGAUGCUGAUGGUAUACCUCGGACUACGCGCACCUGGCAUUGCACUUCAACUGCUCGUUCCAUCGCUGAUUGUUCUAGCGCGCCUUAAUUUGCAAAUCUAUUUGAUGGAGCUUAUCGCCUCACUGCUGGAUGCGAUCGCAACGGAACUCUCUAUUGCGCUCGAAGACGAGAACUGGCACACUAUUGAUGAAGCGAACGCUACAAACCAGUGCCGAUGCAUACUUCAGCGAACGGAAUACUUAUUUGGUCGAUUGCAAAAAUGCUUGCAAAUGGUAAACACGCUGUUUGGUUGGUCUACGGCGGCAAUAGUAGUGCUCGUGUUCAUUGGUAUAACAUUUCAGUUUCGCGUUCCCAUGCAACCGAUGCCAUUUUAUGCUCAAGUUGUAGAAGUUGCAUAUUCAAUCAUUGCACUAUUUUGCUUGUGCCGUUCCUCCAGUCUAUCCAUUGAAAAGGUCAAUGAUAUCAAGCGGAUUUUACUUGGACCCUUCUACAACGCUUCGUUAUGGGAUCAGAUUAACAAUUUUAUCGUGCGCACCAAAUUGCAACCGUUCGAAUUUACAGCCAACGGGCUCUAUGCGAUUAAUUACGGUUUAUUCGGUUCGACACUCGCAGCUUCCGCUACGUACAUCGUAAUAAUGCUGCAGUUUGACCAAAAAACACCGGAUGUAUAA